CCAACCUGUCUCUCCCAAUACCAAGGUCCCCAUUCCCAGUAAGCCAGAUAGAUCUGAAGUCAGAUCCAUAGGCCUGGUCGUGCGUGCGUCGGCAAGCUCCUCCCGCCAUUUCUCCAGCGGAACCUCCUUCCUGACAUCGACUUCCACUUCCGAUAGAGGGGGUGGGGACUGUCGGAAUGCCUAUCUCGAUGUGUGGGCUGGCUGUAUGUGGGUUGGUUCAAGCUAGAUCUAUCGUCAUUUGCUUUGCAUUCUCUUUUCGUUGUGUGUUUUGUUUGUAUUUAUAUAUCUCCCAGUUUCUUUCUUGAUGGCCUGAUCUUUAUCUCUGUGGUGUAGUAUUAUUGGAAGGAAGGAAAGAUGCCCAUCGCAAGGUUCCUAGGCUGUUUUCUGUGCGGGAAGGAUAAAGGUGUUGGCGUCGUUGAGGAUGGAGAUGUGCCCGUCAUCCGCAUCGAGGGCAAAUCCGCACACCAUCAGCUCUCCGACUCGUCCUUCGAUUCCGAACUCGAGUUCUCGUCUGCUAAAGACGAGAAAGACACUCCCCUCUCAACUGACACCGAACCGAGAAGAACGAAUAAGGCGUUGGUCGUAGCGGCAAAAGGCACGUACGCUCUCGUCGACCACGAGUUCCCGAACCUAGAACAUGGCAGGGAAGUCGUGAUCCGGAAUAUGGCGACGGGGCUUAACCCGAUCGAUUUCAAGAGCGUGGAUUUCAAUUUCUGUUUACCGGAGUUUCCGUGGGUUACGGGUAGGGAGAUGGCGGGCGUGGUGGAGGUUGUGGGCGAGGAGGUCGAGGGGAUCAGGGUUGGGGAUCGGGUUUGGACUAGUACAUAUUACCGCGACCGUCGCGCGGGCUGUUUCCAACAGUUCGUUACGGUGCCCGCUCAUACCGUGCUCCCGCUCCCGUCGAAUCUAUCGUUCGACGAAGCGGCUUGUCUGGGCGUCGCGGCUUUGACGGCUGCGAUGACGCUUUGGCGGUGGUUGCAAGUCCCGAUGGUUCCUCCUGCUGAGCGGACGGGGAGGGAAUACCUGUUGGUAUGGGGCGGUUCGACGGUCACGGGGCAGUUUGCUAUUCAGAUCGCGGCGAGAUGUGGGUUGGACGUUAUCGCUGUUACGUCGGCUAAGACUCGGUCGUUGGCUGAGAGUCUGGGUGCUAGAGUCGUGGUUAGGGACGGGAAAUCGAAUGAUGAGAUCGUCGAUGAGAUUAGGGGGGUUGCGGGAGAGGACAUCACGCGUGCAAUUGACCUUGUAGGUCCUUCUACGGCUAAUUACUGCUUGAAAGCGUUCUCGAGAGAUGAAGGGAGGAAAUGUCUGUUUGCGCCUUUAGCGAUGAUUAGUUCGAAAGCGGAGAUUCCUGCGAAUGUGGUAGUGGAAACGGUGGAGAUGAAGCAGUUUGUGCUGGAUGGGGAGAGUAGGAGGUUUGCCGUGGAGCUUAAUAGGCUGGUUGAGAGCGGGGAGAUUUUGUUGCCCGGGUUGGAGGUUUUGGAGGGUGGGUUGGGGGUUGUGGUUGUGGUUGAGGGGUUGGAGAGGUUGAAGAGGGGUGAUAUGGUUGGGAGGAAGAUGGUUGUUAGGAUGGAAUCGUGAAGGGAUGGGAUGGGGAUGGCGGAGCAUGGAUGGAGUUUGGUGUUGCAUUGUGAGUUUUUGGAGGGGCAUUUAUGGGUGGUGCAUUGUGGUAUAGAUUGUAUAUAGACGGACGCAAGCAUGUAUAGAGUGCAAAAGUUGGAAUGAAAGAUAU